ACACACACUCUCCAACACUCCCUUCGAUUUUCAUCGACCCAAACCUCUCUCUCUCCGAUUCAUCCCAUUUCUUUGAAAAUGGCCAAAGAUCCAGUUCGUGUUCUCGUCACUGGUGCUGCAGUUUUUGUAAGCAAGAUCUGUGAUCUGACCAUGCUUUUGGGCUGGUUUGAUGAUUUAAAAUUCCGGGUCUGUGUCAAAAUGCUGUCUUUGUUUUUGUUCGGGUCUUGAUCUGCUCAGGCUUCAGAUCUGAUACUGUAAUGAAUGAUGAUGCUUUAUGCCUGUGUAUUGUGAUAUUUUUAUGUAGAUAUGCUUAUCAGUGAUUUGUUUUUAAUACCUCGCUAGGAAUUCUAAUGUAACUGUGUUUUUUAUGAUUGGCUUUGUUAUGAACUGGCUUGUGUGUUACGUUGCAUUAUUAGGAAAUAAAAGUUGAAACUAGUGUCAUCUUGGGUCCUUCCUUAGUUACCUCCGAUUGUCACUUGCUGUCUCGUUUGUGUAUCUUUUCUAUGAAUGAAUAAGAAACAUCUUACACUGUAAUAGUGUGGAAAAUUGACCAUAAUUACUGUUAAGGGAGGGAUGUAGUCCCAUAGUGAUUUUUUUGGGAGGGGGGGCUGGAGGUUUCCAUUUCAAACAAAUAUGUUUUAAUUUGGUAAUUGUUUAAAUUUAAGAUAUAUAAUGAUAGAUUAACCUAAAUAUAAUGUAUUAACCGUUUAUUUAUUAUCUUAAAUGAUAUAUAAUUCUGUUAGUUUAAAAUAAAAAUUUGCCCUCUCCUCCCUUCAAUUUCAAAACCCUCCUCCGAAACUAUCUAUCCCUUAGUUGUCUUUGUUUUGUUGCACUUGAAAAUAAUGUUGCUGUGAUUUACUUUCAGUGAACUGAAAAUAAAAGCGUUGAUCAUUUUGAUUAAAUUGAUAUUUGAUAUAUGUACAGUUAUUAGCUUUCUUAAUUGAUUUCCUCAAUGAUUUACAAUGACUUCUGUUGGGUGGAGUUUUUCCAUGAAAGACAAAUUGGUUUUAUGAUGGAAUUAUUUGAUUAUUUGCUUCUCAUAACUUUUCUGUACUAAUAAAAUGCUUUAUCAAUUGUAGGGCAAAUCGGGUAUGCUCUUGUUCCUAUGAUUGCUAGGGGAGUGAUGCUGGGUCCUGACCAGCCUGUGAUCCUCCAUAUGCUUGACAUUCCUCCAGCAGCAGAGUCUUUGAACGGAGUUAAAAUGGAAUUGGUGGAUGCUGCAUUCCCUCUUCUUAAAGGUGUUGUUGCUACCACUGACGUGGUUGAGGCAUGCACUGGGGUCAAUAUUGCAGUAAUGGUUGGUGGAUUCCCAAGGAAAGAAGGUAUGGAGAGGAAAGAUGUGAUGUCUAAAAAUGUCUCCAUUUAUAAGUCCCAGGCUUCAGCCCUCGAAAAACAUGCUGCUGCCAACUGCAAGGUUCUUGUUGUUGCUAACCCAGCAAACACCAAUGCAUUGAUCUUGAAAGAAUUUGCACCAUCUAUUCCUGAGAAAAACAUUUCUUGUUUGACUAGACUGGAUCACAACAGGGCGCUGGGUCAAAUUUCUGAAAGAUUGAGCGUUCAAGUUUCUGAUGUUAAAAAUGUUAUAAUCUGGGGUAAUCACUCUUCAACUCAGUAUCCUGAUGUUAACCAUGCAACUGUUCAAACCCCAGCAGGAGAGAAGCCUGUCCGUGAACUUGUUGCUGAUGAUGCCUGGCUGAAUGGGGAAUUCAUAACUACUGUUCAACAACGUGGUGCUGCAAUUAUUAAAGCUAGAAAGCUUUCAAGCGCUCUAUCUGCUGCUAGUGCUGCUUGUGAUCACAUUAGAGAUUGGGUUCUUGGAACUCCUCAGGGGACCUGGGUAUCAAUGGGAGUAUAUUCUGAUGGUUCUUACAAUGUACCAGCUGGAUUGAUCUAUUCAUUCCCUGUCACUUGUGCAAAUGGGGAAUGGAAAAUAGUUCAAGGACUUCCAAUUGAUGAGUUUUCAAGAAACAAGUUGGACUUGACAGCAGGAGAGCUUUCUGAGGAAAAGGAAUUGGCUUACUCGUGCCUCUCUUAGAGUGGUUGCUUGCUCUAUGUCUAGUGUCUUAUAGAAGUAGCUUCAAUUUUGAAUAAUGCUCCUUCUAGAUACAGAGAAACUAUAAGUGGAGAGUCUGUUUCUUAAUUCGAAUUACUUGAUAUUUCAACAUCUAAUACCUUUUAGAGGAUAUUUAAGGUCACAGUUUUAGUCAUGGUGAUAGAUCAUGGGCCGCGCAUAUUAAAAUUGGAUUAGGCUUAAUUUUAUGUGCGUACUAGCCCAUUGCUUAGGGCUUGAACUCUUGUCUGUUUGUGGUGGCUGUACAAGAAUUUUGAUGUUUGUGGCUAUGCACAAGCGUGCAACUACAUACUUCUAUGCCUUGUGAUUGAGUAUUUGUGCAAUUGUGUUGUGCAAUAAGAUCAUUUCAUCAUGAAUGCUUCCAACUCUAUAACAUGCACAGAGGAAACACAUCAAGUGAGCAUUUUCUUAUGAAAAAUGUUAGCAACAUUUUCGAACACAUUUGUUAAUAUACUCUAUUAUCGAUUAAAGGUUUUCGGGAUACCUACAGUACAGGCUAUGCUGUUAUUCUUUUCUUUGUUUCAUACUUUGUGUACACUCAAUGCUUAUCAUGGUGAUCAUU